AUGCCUUCGCUACUGGUAAGAAACGUUUUUCACCACGGUAAGGGCUCACAGUCGCCCGUGAGAGACUCCGGAUCCCCUCCACCUACAGAUAGCAUUCGCAGUAGUCGAUCGUUCCUCGGCUUCCUAAACAACACCAGUAGUCGCGACUCGGCUGGCAGUGAUACGACGCAUGAGCAAGGAAGCCAUCCGAAGCGAUCCGGCGGGUCCAUGAAUGAGCUGAAGCGGUUUUUUAGGCCAGCCAUGUUGCACGGCAGAGGCGGCUCUCAAACCAACCUACGAAACAGAUCUGCGGAUCACCAUUCCCACACGCAGUCUGCCAUACCACCAUCCUCGGAUUCAACCCUUUCGCUUUCCAAUAGGGUCAAUAUAUAUCAUGACGAUGCGAUUUUAGUCCAGAAAUACGGGAAUCUGGGGAAAGUUUUAGGUUCAGGCGCGGGCGGCUCGGUUCGCGUUAUCACAAGACCCAGUGACGGUGCCACAUUUGCAGUUAAAGAGUUUCGGCCUCGAAAGCCCAAUGAGUUGGUAAAAGACUAUGCCAAGAAAUGCACAGCGGAAUUUUGCAUAGGGUCCACUCUGCACCAUCCCAACGUGAUAGAGACUUUGGAUAUAUUCAGUGACGCCAAACAAAGUAAGUACUACGAAGUCAUGGAAUACUGUCCCAUCGAUUUUUUUGCUGUGGUAAUGUCUGGCAAAAUGACGAGAGGUGAAAUAAACUGUUGUCUUCGCCAACUAACCGAAGGCGUCAAAUAUUUACACAGUAUGGGUUUGGCACACCGAGAUCUCAAGCUUGACAACUGCGUGAUGACUAUUGAUGGUGUUUUGAAACUAAUCGACUUUGGCAGCGCCGUUGUCUUCAAGUACCCAUUUGACUCGAAUGUGUCAAUGGCACACGGCAUUGUUGGUAGCGAUCCUUAUUUAGCGCCAGAAGUCAUGACCUCUACGAAAUGCUACAAUCCCCAGCCCGUAGAUAUUUGGUCGAUCGGUAUUAUCUACUGUUGUAUGAUGUUGAAACGAUUUCCUUGGAAAAGUCCAAAACAGUCGGAUGAGAAUUUCAGGCUCUUUAGUUUACCAGAUGACAUAGAACACGAUUACGAGAGAUCAGCGCAAGAGCAUGAGAUUUUAAUGAAACAGAGACGUCAGGAGAAACAGAGGUUAAAAAAGUUAAAAGAAGAGGGACCCGUCAAUGAUAGGGUAGAGGAAUUACGACUUUCCGGUCUGACAAUCGAACAGUCGCCACCUCAUUCAAAAGGAAGGAAUAUUCAAAGUGAAGAUGGCGCGUCCAAUGCAAAGACAGCUCAGCAUCAUCCAACUCAAGUCAGCGUGGCGUCAGACGAGAAAACGUGCGCUCAUGAAACUAUAGUAUCGGAGGAGAAGCAGUUUCGCGGAGACCAUGAUGUUGAGGGAUGCGAUAAGCCGACGGAUGCAAAGGCUGAAGGCCACGCCAAGCCUAAGGGGAAUGACAGCGAAAAUAUAUCCUCGAAAUCUGAGCACCAGCGGUCCGGUAGGAUUCGUGAGCAAGGGAAGGGGAAAAAGGUACUGCAUGGUCCCUACCGCUUAUUGCGGCUGUUGCCCCACGCUUCGAGGCCCAUCAUGUCUCGAAUCCUCACAAUAGACCCUGCUGAAAGGGCAACCCUCGAGGAUUUAGACAACGACGCGUGGUUUUCUAGCAUUCCCUAUUGCACCAAUGAACAGAAGAAAUAUACAAUCAAGCCCUCUCAUCAUGUGCAUACUAUUGUGUCUGAGGACGAUGCGCAUAUAGAGCAGUACAAACAGACUGCGAAUUAA